AAAGAAAGACCUCAGAGAUCGGUCCUCCGUCCUCGUGUAUAAUAUUCAUCGCAUUCAAAAUUCUUGUUUUUCUCCCCUUCUCUCUCCCUCUCUACCCAUCGAAUGACGACGAUGAACCAGGACGACUGUGGCAUGGGGUGUGGCGAUUAAGAGGGAUGGUUUUCUGUACUAACGGGAGAAAAUGCCGGCGGGGAGAAUUCAUCACAAAGGUCUCAUUUUAAUUGAAACCCCUCGCUGCGACAAUAAUUGCCAUGUCGAGGUUUUUUGCAUUUGGAAAUGUUAAAAGAGUUGCACAUGUUAUUCUCACAAACCAGAGGACCAGCUAUUUGGAAGCAAAGAAGCAUGGGGCGCUUGUUACAGUUGGACUACCUUCCCCCAUAUGUAGAUUAUACACAUGGCAUAAAUUUUAUAGUAGAGGACGUGCUUCAUUUACAGCACAUAAGGCAAAAGAAAAUAUGCAGAAAACUAAUUAUUCCAAAAGCUUUAGUAUCAUCUCAGCAAGUAGCACUAUGAUAGAUCAUGCCCAAAUUGCUUGGAAAAGGCUCUCACAAAAAUGUUCUUAUAGUGGCCCAGCUUUUUCACCAAUAAAUAGGAUUGCAUGUGCUGUGAGUUUGGCAUUGACCAGGUCCCAUCUAGUUGCUCCGAGCAUUUUUGCCUUUGUUAUUGGAGAAGUAGCAUGCACACAGAAAGCUUGGGCUGAUACAGAAUAUUUUCCAACAGGGAAGACUUUAUACAUGCAUGCAGAAAAGGGACAUGUUUAUUUAACAUCAUUCGUUUUCUUGGUCUUGGAGGGUUUUAUUUUGCUUCUGAGAUCAAUCUAUUUGGCAAUCUUAUUCUUGCCCACUAUGGCAAUGGCACCUUUUGCGGAUUGUUUUGGUUACCAGUUUAGGAAAACAUGGCUUCAUCUUGUCCAUCUUACCCUAGAAAAAGCUGGUCCUGCUUUCAUAAAAUGGGGCCAAUGGGCAGCUGCACGACCAGAUCUCUUUCCUAGAGAUCUAUGCACAGAGCUUUCGAAGCUGCAGACUGAGGCACCAGCUCAUAGCUUUGCCUACACAAAAAGAAUUAUUGAGGAAGCAUUUCAUCACAAGCUUCCUGAAAUUUUUGAAGAUUUUGAAGAGGUACCUGUAGCAUCUGGAAGUGUUGCCCAAGUACAUCGAGCUUCCUUGCGUUUUCAAUACCCAGGUCAACAUGUCAAGCCCAUUUUAGUUGCUGUUAAAGUUAGGCAUCCAGGAGUUAGUGAUGCAAUUAGGAGAGACUUUUUCAUUAUUAACUUGGUUGCCAAAUUUUCAAAUUUCAUUCCUACCCUUAAGUGGCUGAGGCUGGAUGAAAGUCUACAGCAGUUUGCUGUUUUUAUGAUGUCUCAAGUUGAUCUUGCAAGGGAAGCUGCCCAACUGAGCCGCUUUAUUUAUAAUUUCCGUAGUUGGAAGGAUGUCUCCUUCCCAAAGCCUCUAUAUCCACUUGUGCAUCCUGCUGUCUUGGUGGAGACCUAUGAGCAUGGAGAAAGUGUUUCCUACUAUGUUGAUGAGCUUGAAGGGAACAACCAAAUUAAGACUGCCCUUGCUCAAAUAGGCACUCAUGCACUCCUGAAGAUGCUUCUGGUGGACAAUUUUAUCCAUGCAGACAUGCAUCCUGGAAAUAUUCUUGUCCGGGUAGCUCAUAGAAAAUCUUCACAUAAAGGGCUCUUUAAGUCCAUGCCUCAUGUCAUUUUCCUUGAUGUGGGCAUGACUGCUGAGCUUUCUAAGAAUGAUAGAGUGAAUUUAUUGGAGUUUUUCAAGGCAAUUGUCCUUCGUAAUGGUCGUUCUGCAGCAGAGUAUACUCUGAGAUUAUCAAAGCAACAGAACUGUCCAAAUCCAAAAGUCUUCAUUGAGGAAGUAGAGAAGUUAUUCAAUUUCUGGGAUUCCACGGAAGGUGGUGCUGUCCAUCCUGCUGAAUGCAUGCAACAAUUGCUUGAGCAGGUCCGGCAUCAUAAAGUCAACAUUGAUGGCAAUGUUUGCAUGGUAAUGGUGACCAUGUUGGUUCUUGAGGGCUGGCAACAGAAGCUUGAUCCAGACUACAAUGUGAUGCUUACAUUACGGACAUUACUGUUCAAAGCUGAUUGGGCACAAUCUCUUUUAUACACAAUUGAAGAACUCAUGGCCCCAUAAAAAGGCUUAGGCAUCUCUUUAUCUGUGUUGAGGGGAAAUAGGUAAUGAAAAGAAAAUCCUUCCCUUUCAAUUUGGAUAGGAGGGUUGCUUUCGACAAACCAGCAACAGCUUCUUGCCUGGUUGGCAGAUCAGGGUUUUGAGGAGGAAAGGCAAGGUGGUGUGGGCUGUGGGGAUGUGCAGAUUACUGCCUUUGGUAAUAUUUUGGUGUGUUUGGGCAAAAGGGAUGCUUGGGUUUUUCCAGACCAGGGAAUGUACAUGGCAGGAAGUGUUAAGGAAGAAGAUUAAAGGAAAGUUAUGUUCUUGGUUGGGAG